UAUUAUAUUUAUAAUACUUUUUUUUACCUAGUUUAUACGAAAUAUAUAUUUUUUAAACUGUUAUCGCUAAAAUUAAAUGAUUAAGGAUCGAGUAAAAAUUACUAGAUAUUUUAGCCACUUCAAUGUAAUUUAAUUAGUAGAUCACAAAUAAUAAGAAAUCACGUUAAAACUAAAAUGAUACUGUUUGACACUUACCUGUAUGAAAGAAAUAAUGUAAAAAUUAAAUAUAAAAUACAAACUGCAACUUUUGAUCAUACGGAAGAAAUAAUUGAGCUAAUGAAAAAAAAUUUUUUGAAUAGAGAAACAUUGACUGAGUACAUAGAUUUUAUAAAAGACGCUGAAGCAUGUGAAGCCUUAGAAGUUCUUUGGAAAAAUAUUAUCCGUAACGGAAAUGUUCUAAUAGCUGUUUUAAUUAAUAGUUUAGAAAAUGGAAUUAAAAUAAUUGGAGUCAACCUAACAAAUGUUGUGAAGAAAGAAACUAAAUUUGAAAUAAACUCAGAAAAUAAAAAAUAUAUUCAAGUACUUAAAAUCUUAAAUUCAAUUUCAAAUUCUGGAAAAUUAUUCGAUAUUUAUCAUGUAGAGGCAUAUUUAGAUGCUAUGGGGUUAUGUGUACAUUCAGAUUACCAUGGCUAUCAGAUUGGUUAUCGACUUUUGGAAUCCAGAGAAAAGCUUUGUAAAUCACUAGGUUUAAGUGUCACGGGAACAGUUUUCACUUCAAAAAUAUCUCAACAUUUAGCUUUAAAAUUAGGUUUUAUAGUUCUUUCAAAAAUUAAAUGUAAAGAUAUUGAUUUUGGUGGACUUCAAUGUAAGUGCCCAGAUGAAGACGAGGAAAUAAAAUUUAUGGCUCGUCAAUAUACGUGAUUUCAUUCAUAUUGUAAUAAUUUAUUAAGAAAUUAUGCUGUGAACAUUUCAUAAGAUUUUAAAAAUUGCAACUAUUAUGUUCAUUAAAACAUAUUAAGUUAUUAAUAAAAUUAAAUAAUUACCAGUU